UUAAAAAAAAUAGAAAGCUCAACAUAAAUGCUUCCACUGUCACUCUUACACACAGCUGCUGGACAUCCCAUGCUGGUCGAAUUAAAAAGCGGCGAAACAUUCAACGGACACUUGGUCAAUUGCGACAAUUGGAUGAAUUUGACAUUACGUGAAGUAAUUCAAACAUCACCUGAAGGAGACAAAUUUUGGAGACUACCUGAAUGUUACAUCAGAGGCAAUACCAUCAAGUACUUGAACGUGCCAGAAGAAAUUGUGGAUAUGGUAAAAGAAGAGGAAGGAAGACAGAGACAGCUUGCUGCACGUAACCGUGGACGAGGCGGACAGAAUAAUAAUCGUGGUCGCGGUAACAAUCGUAAUCAAAAUCGUACAGGAGGACGAGGUGGCUCAAACGUUGCUAAAUAAAAAGAGAGAGAGAGAGAGAGAAAACAAGUGUUAUGAAUGCAUUAUGAGCACUGUAGAAUAAAUUUA